CAAGAGAGGGAGACACAUGCUCUACGCAAGCAUGGAGGAAGCCACGAGUGACAAGAUAUUCUGCUGCAGAUGGAUGCGUCGCAAGCUCCCCAAGGCCCUCAGGGAGGAGGUGUACCACCUCUUGAGGAUGAUGGGGCCCCUGUUGGUGGCUCGAAUCCUCAGUUAUUUGCUUCCGUUUGUGGUGACCAUGUUUUGCGGACACCUGACGAAUGAAGUGAUGGCUGGCUACGGAUUAGCAUCUGCUACCAUCAAUAUCACCACUGCAGCAACAGGCCUGGGUUUGGGCUUUGCGCUCGAUACUUUGGUCGCUCAGACCUUUGGCAGUAGGAACCUGCUGCGCGUGGGCGUGAUCCUGCAGCGAGGCAUCAUCAUCCUGCUGUUGUUCUGUCUGCCCUGCUGGGGUCUGCUCCUCAAUGCACAGAGUCUUCUGCUGCUUAUGGGCCAAGACCCCGAGGUCACACGGAUUGCGCAGUUGUAUAUCACGGCAUACCUCCCAGCAAUACCAGCACUGUUUCUAUAUCACCUGCAGCUCUCCUAUCUUCAAAAUCAGGGGAUAAUACUACCACAGGUGUACGCUGCCGUCCUGGCAAAUGUGGCAAACUUGCUGACUAACUACAUCUUCAUCAGCGUGCUUGAUUUUGGAGUGUAUGGAUCUGCAGCAGCAAGCACCCUGACAGAAAUCUACCUUUGUGUUUUCCAGUUUGCUUACAUUUGGUGGAAGAAGCUGCAUAAAACGACAUGGGGAGGAUGGUCUGUGGAGUCGCUGCAGGAAUGGGGCUCCUUCAUGAAACUGGCCAUCCCCAGCACACUCAUGACGUGUUUUGAAUGGUGGAUUUAUGACUUGGGGGGCUUGUUUGCCGGGAUGCUUGGUAAAGAUGAGUUGGCGGCCCAUCACGCCUUGAUAACAGUGGGAAACCUAAACUACAUGGUGACACUUGGCAUCCAAGCGGCGGCGUGCGCUCGAGUGGGCAAUGCUCUCGGCGCUGGGGACACGGCAGGAGCGAUUCUCACAUCCAAAGUGGCACUGACGCUUUCAGUCGCAUUUGCCGUUGUUCAAGCCACCGUGGUCGGAGCGACAAAAUCCGUCAUUGGCUUCCUCUUCACCUCUGACCUGAAGAUCAUCAGUCUGCUGUCUCGCUUGAUGAGCAUUUACUGCGUCCUACAGUUAUUUGAAGCCAUUGUGGGCGUGUCCGGAGGGAUCUUUAUGGGAUCUGGGAAGCAAAAGAUACCCGCGGUGGCUAACUUCAUCGGCUACUACUGCAUCGGCCUCUCCAUCGGUGUCGUGCUGAUGUUUGUCUCCCAACUAAGCAUUUUCGGUUUUUGGCUGGGUCACCUCAUUUGUGUGGUUCUACAAGCCAUCUUCUACAUUGUGGUCAUAUUCAAACUCAAUUGGAAGAGCAUCACAGAGGAGGCGCUGAAACGAGCCCAGGCUAAGCCAAAUGUGCCAUUACUGAACACAAGUGCUGCGGCUAUUAACCAAAACGAAGAGCAGACACAAGUACAGCACACUUCAAUGGAAGGCUUCACGCACGUAUGCGACGAAUGUCCCGAUGUCGAUUCAAAGAGUCCGCCCGGCAACAAGGAAGACGCCGGACAUCUCUCUGUUUCCCAGCUGGUUCUCCGGCGAGGCAUCACCAUGGUUACUGCACUGGGACUCCUGGCAGUGGGCACUUGCGUGCAUUUCCUGGUCCCGCCGCCCGAGAGCUCAAUGCUGCUCCACGCCAACCUCACGUUCAAUAAUGCCACAAACAGUCCCCUGCAAACUGUUACAAUGCUGGACUGGUGAAGACAAGAUGAAACUGCAGGAAUCCACAUUGUCAAGGUCAUCCAGAAGAUAAGAGUGAAUACUGAUCAAUUUUAUUCUCAGCGCUAUUGUUGGAAGGUCACUUUAAGUGCAUUUUUUCUUGUUUGAUUUUAGUUUUUUUCCUUUUUUUAUUAUAUGUACUUGUGUAGCGCUAAAAGAACUAAUAGGACUGAAAGUCUUUUAUAUUUUAUGACACAAAUUAAUGUUGGGAAAGGUGAGUAUAACCGUGAUGAUAAUACUACUACUUCAGAAAUACUGUAAAAACGAUCUGAAAGUCAUAAUAUAAUUUGAUGCCUUUUUUUAAAACAAAUAUGGAUCUGUCUUAUUAAGCCUUGUUUUUUCUUAUUCAUACAUUUGAAAUCAACACACAGUGGGCCCUAUUUUCAGGCAGGUGUGCUGGCCCCAGGCGUAUGUAAUAGAAUGCGCCUUUGCUUUGUGUGUCGUCGAUCUGAGGCAUCGUAGUGCACGUGCUUCAAAACACGUGCUUUGAACUUUUGUUGUUGCAUUCUAUUAGUUCGCCGCUAGAUGGCACUAGAUUUCACACACUGUCCCUUUAAGAAUCAUGGGGAAGACCACUGACUUGACCGUUUGUGAAGGGAACUAUCAGUGCAAAGGUCUGAAAAAAAAUGACAAAAGAAGCUCAAUGUUCAGAGUGCUGUAUAAAAGAUGAAACAGUAUUAAAAGGAAGGGGAAAAAUGUGGCCGGAAAAGAGGGGGGGAGUGGCCUGAGGCUGGUGUCUGUGCAUCAAGAACCACUAGUUGCAUGGGCCACAACUAUAGAAUUCCAUAUGUCAAGCAACUCCUGAACCAAAAGCAAUGUCAGAAGCAUCUGUGCUGGACUAUGGAGAAAAAGUACAGCUGGGCCAAAUAAUCUAUCCAUGGAAAAUAAUUCCAACAAUUCCAACCCUGCACCUGUAAACAAAGUUGCAUCGACACUGCCCUCUUCAUAUAUGCAUAUUUUCUAUUCCACAUUAUGUUUCAUACUCCAUUCCCGCCUACAAAACAGCAAUUGAGGAGUGCUUCCUAUUUUGUAUACCUGUUGUACAAUGACAACAAAGGCAUUCUAUUCUAAUUGGGAUUUUAUUUGGCGCCACGCGCUCCAUGUACAAAUGUCUUCGCUUGCAUGCUAUUUUUAUUAUUUUAUUUUCCUAUAUGCACUAUUUCUGCUGAAACAAUGCAAAUUUCCCUAUUGUGAGGCUAAUAAAAAUAUCCAUCCAUCAUCUGAACUUCUGAUUCCAUCAAAAUUUGAUGCUAUUUAAUAUUGGGGGGUACACCUCAAAAACAAAUAGUAACAAAAGCAGGGCUUGAUACAGGAAGCAGGCUUGACAUACUGACAACUUGUCCAACCUGACAUCAAGCCUAUAUGACAGAAUAAAAGUGACAUACUAAAAGGACAAAGCAUAAAGGACCCAUAAAAAAUUAUACAGCAAGGAAUGACCAGUUUCUACACGAACAAAUGCAAGACGACAAUUAAUUAUAAAUGCGCUAUAUAAAAUACACUGUAUUAAAAAAAAUUAUGAAUAUUGUACCUUCCUCACUGAGCAGACGUAUGUGUAUUUUAUUGUUAUAAUAAAUUUGAAAGAGGAGUUA